CAUACGUCACUCGAAAUGACGAAGUUAUGGAACCGGAAGUGCUGUGACGUGUGUAUCCCAGCGCGGGAAGCGGCGGCAGCAGCAGCGGCAGAGCUCUCCGGCACCAUGAAGACUGUCAGCAGAGUUUACAGGUGGCGCGGAGACCCCGUGGGUGUGGACAGGCGGCUGAAGACCAAGCAGUACCACUCCUUGUCCAUCAGUGCAGGACAGCAGGUCACUGUCGUGAGCGUUGGACACCACGUCCUCAUCGAGGGUGAAAACCAGAACGAACCGUAUGUGGCCAAAGUCCUCUGCCUGUACGAGAGUGGGGGCCAGAUGAAGGUGCAGGUGGACUGGUUGGUCCGGCUGUGUGAAUUGCCUCGCAGCAAGGCGUCCCUGCUGGGGAGACCCCCCCACCCCCAGGAGGUCUUCUUCUACGAUGGUCCCAGCUGUGACCCCGAGGUCAGCGUGGAGUCCAUCCUCCGCCCCGUCCAGGUGCAGCAGCUGGAACCGGACUCCCCUUUCCCGGACCCCACCCUCAGAAACCGGGACACCCUGUAUGUGAAGCUCUGCUGGAACUCCAAGACCUUCAGAGCUCCGGAGGCCGCCCCCCAGGCCACGCCGCGGCGGGGCCCCGAGGUGGGGGCUCUCCGCAGCUCCACCCGCAAGACCCCCUCCCUGAGUGACAGGAGGAGGGGGGCAGUGGCCAGGAACCCUGCCGUCUGCAAGAGGCUGCAGCUCUGUGAUUCAGAGAGGGCGGAGCCUGAGGACGACGUCCUGUCCCGCCUCCUGGACGAAGACCUGCGGGUCUCGGCCUCACCCAGCAGGCUGCGUGGGGGGGCCACCGCCCAGCUGAAGUCCCCCAGGCUGGCCCUGGACAAGCUGCACCUGAGUGAGGACAGGACGGAGCCCGCCGCCGACCAGCGGCCCCCCAGGAGGAAGGCCACCCUUCACACGGCCAGUCGGAUCAGGAAGCAGAUGACUCUGCUGGACGACCAGGACGCCACCUCGGACGAAGACGAGGAGUUUGUUCUGUCCAAACAGGAGGAGGACGACGAUGAGGAAGAGGAGGAAGAGGAGGAGGAGGAGGAGGAGGAGGAGCUUCCGGUGAAGAGGAGUCGACGGGCUUCAGCAACCCCUCGCUCAAAGAUGACGCCAAAGAGGAAGAAAGCGGCACCGCGCACGCCCCGCCACACCACCACUCCCAGCAUCCCCAGCAGGGCGCAGCCCGCCCCCCGCCCCGCCAGCGUCCUGGAGGAGGCGCGCCUCAGGCUUCACGUGUCGUCGGUUCCGGAGUCGCUGCCCUGCAGAGAGUCUGAGUUCCACCAGGUCUACGACUUCCUGCACAGCAAGAUCCUGGACGGCACUGGAGGGUGCAUGUACAUCUCGGGCGUGCCGGGCACGGGGAAGACGGCCACGGUGCAGGAGGUGGUGCGGCGCCUGCAGCACGCCGCCGAGGAGGAGCAGGAGAUCCCCCCGUUCAACCUCAUCCACAUCAACGGCAUGAAGAUGACGGACCCCCACCAGGCCUACGUGCACAUCCUGCAGGAGCUGACGGGUCAGAAGGCCACCUGCGACCACGCCGCCGCCCUGCUGGAGAAGAUCUUCAGUCGUCCGUCUCCAAGGAAACUGAGCACAGUGCUCCUGGUGGACGAGCUGGACCUGCUCUGGACCAGAAAGCAGAACGUCAUGUACAACCUGUUCGAUUGGCCAACCAGAAGCCACGCCCACCUGGUGGUGGUCGCCAUCGCCAACACCAUGGACCUGCCCGAGAGGGUUCUGAUCAACAGGGUGGCCAGCCGGCUGGGUCUGACCCGGAUGUCCUUCCAGCCGUACUCCUUCAGGCAGCUGCAGCAGAUCGUCACGUCUCGGUUGAACCGGCUGAAGGCGUUUGAGGACGACGCCCUGCAGCUGGUGUCCAGGAAGGUGGCGGCCCUGUCGGGGGACGCACGCCGCUGUCUGGACAUCUGCCGCAGAGCCACGGAGAUCUGCGAGCAGGCGUCCGGCGGCCUGGUGGGAACCGGUCACGUGAUGGAGGCCAUGAACGAGAUGUUCUCCUCCCCGUACAUCACCACCAUCAGCUGUGCGGCGCUGCAGGAGCAGCUCUUCCUCCGCGCCGUGGUGGCCGAGUUCCGCCGGCUGGGUUUGGAGGAGGCCACGUUCCAGCAGGUGCUGGUGCAGCACCAGGCCCUGAGCCUGGUGGAGGGGCUGCAGCCGGCCCCGGUGUCGGAGGUCCAGGCUGUGUGCCAGCGGCUGGGGGCCUGCCGCCUGCUGCUGCUGGAGUCCAGCCGGCUGGGCCUGCUGCAGCGCGUCCGCCUCAACGUCAGCCAGGACGACGUGCUCUACGCCCUCAACGCCGGCUGACAGGCACUGCCUCUGCUCUGGAAGCCUAGUUUUAACCGACCUUUCAAUA